GGCGGGGCGAACCCCUCAUCCUGGACUCCUUAAUUUCUCCGGGGGGAUGAGUGACGGCGGGCAGGGGCGUUUAGUGGCGCCGUCUGCAGGAUGCCCGACCUGGCGCGGCUGGGCGCAGAGACCGCGUACCCGGCCCGGCAGCUCUGCUCUCGGUAGGCGGCCAGCAGCCAGAGCGCUGCGUCCCCUUUAACCGCAGUGGGCGGGGCGCGGGGACGCGACCCGCGUUGCUAUUGGCGGCGGUUGGGGGCGCGGAAACUGAACGCGCCGCCACAGUAGCCGCUGCCUGCUCCGGCUCCUCCGGCGCCUCGGGCGCCCCCGGCCGCACCAUGGCCGCGCCCUGCCCGGAGGACCCGUCGCUGGAGAGGCAUUUUAAAGGCCACCGAGAUGCAAUUACCUCUGUGGACUUCAGUCCCAACAUGAAGCAGCUGGCCAGUGGCUCCAUGGACUCGUGCCUCAUGGUCUGGCACAUGAAGCCCCAGUCACGUGCCUACCGCUUCGCGGGCCACAAGGACGCUGUCACCUGUGUGAACUUCUCCCCUUCGGGACACCUGCUUGCCUCGGGCUCCCGUGACAAGACUGUCCGAAUCUGGGUACCCAACGUCAAAGGUGAGUCAACGGUGUUUCGUGCUCACACGGCCACAGUGAGGAGCGUCCAUUUCUGCAGCGAUGGCCAGUCCCUCGUGACGGCCUCUGAUGAUAAGACAGUCAAGGUGUGGUCGACUCAUCGCCAGAAGUUCUUGUUCUCACUGAGCCAGCACAUCAACUGGGUCCGCUGUGCCAGGUUCUCCCCUGAUGGACGGCUCAUCGUGUCUGCCAGUGAUGACAAGACUGUCAAGCUGUGGGACAAGACCAGCCGGGAGUGUGUCCACUCGUACUGUGAGCAUGGCAGUUUCGUCACCUACGUGGACUUCCACCCCAGUGGCACGUGCAUCGCCGCCGGCGGCAUGGACAACACGGUGAAGGUGUGGGAUGUGCGCACUCACCGGCUCCUGCAGCACUAUCAGCUGCACAGUGCCGCGGUGACUGCCCUCUCCUUCCACCCAUCGGGGAACUACCUGGUCACAGCCUCCAGCGACUCGACCCUGAAGAUCCUGGACCUCCUGGAGGGCCGGCUGCUCUACACGCUCCACGGGCAUCAGGGUCCAGCUACCACUGUUGCCUUUUCAAGAACGGGAGAGUAUUUCGCUUCCGGAGGUUCUGAUGAACAAGUGAUGGUUUGGAAGAGUAACUUCGACGCCGCGGAUUUUGGAGAACUCAUGAAGGCUCCGAGGCCCCCCGCCAUGCUGGCCGGCUCCUCCGGGAAUCGGCCAGAAAUGGAGUUCCCCAUCCCGCCAGGCAGAGGCAGGAGUCAGGAGUCAGGGCAGAGUCAGCCCCAGGAGCCCUCCAGCAUGCCCCAGACGCUGACCAGCACGCUGGAGCACAUCGUGGGCCAGCUGGACGUCCUCACCCAGACAGUCUCCAUCCUGGAGCAGCGGCUGACGCUGACGGAAGACAAGCUGAAGCAGUGUCUGGAGAACCAGCAGCUAAUCAUGCAGAGAGCAGCACCGUGAUCAGGGGAGCAAGAAUCAGGAGCUCUGUCGAUUCGGGGGGGCGGCGGCAGGCUGGGGGUUUGUACUGUGGGAAUCGAGUAAAUAAAUCAAGGGGAUUCAGCUCUGGGAAUCACGUCCCACCCCGAGCCCAGGGGUUGCGCAGUCUGCCCCACCCCGCUGGCCGAGCUUGGAGGCUCCUCACCCAGCAUGGGGCCCCAUCUGCGGCCGCACGUGCAAAAUGGACCACGUCUAGUGUAACGAAGAGGAGCCACCUCGGAGUCCUAGGGAGCCCUGAGAUUGCAGUGCCCCCUGAGGACGUAGCCCCAAGCCACCUAGGGUCUGUCCUCCCUUCUGCUACGUGACUGGUUUCCCAGCCACCUCAGUUUAGACAGAGACUGCUCUGGAUGGUUAAACCGGGAGUUUUCUUUGAAUCUGACAAAAGCCACAGUGCGGGCCCAUCCGAGCACUGGCAGCACUCAGCCUUCCUGUCCCUGGUGGAGGAAGGCGCAUCAGCAGGCAGAGCCCGGGGCUCUAAUGGCUGGGAAGAGCCUGUCGUCUCCUGCAUGUUACCCAGGAACAAGCACUCUGGCUUUGCAGGGGUCUGGGUUCUACUCCAUGUGGGGCUGGGUGACUUCUGUGUGUGCGAGGGCAAAGGAGCCUGAAAAUUAAAAUGGACUUUAUCGAGCUUGUCAUAGAAA